AUGGCUCCAGGGAAUCGGCUAUCGCGCGAAGAAAAAGGGAAAGACAUAGCUACCUCGCCAAGCCCGGCUAGGGAUGCAGACGGGGGUCCGUUGGAGGAUUUCGACAUAAUCCAUCGUGAUGCUCUGCGGGAUACGGAGAAUAUGAGCCUUUCCCAGCGUCUUCUGGUCGCUGACGCCCAUAGACAAUUUCGCGAAGAAGCCGAAGAAAACGUUGUGAACGAGGAUAGGGAGGCGAGUGGUUCUGAAGCGCCUAGCCUUGUCGUAAGGCCUAGGAGACGGGCUCGUCGAAGGGGUCGCAUCGACCAGUCAGACCGUCUUCCCGCCCCGAGAAGUGUUCCGUUCGACGAAGUAGACUGCCGUCCUGUGAUUUAUCACCCUGGCGGGAUUUUCGAAGAACUACCUUCGCUGCCUCCCGAAGCGUUACGCGACCCGCGAGUUCAAUCGUGGGGAAACGUUCUCAGUUCCUGCUUUUCCCACGAGACCGUGAAGAGAUUGCUGAGGGAGUGUGGUGGCGCCGGAGUCACCUUCAUUAUUCCUUCGGCUGAACAGCGGCCGUGGUCGCCACCGGUUGGUUACCAGUGCGUGUAUGAAUCCUACUUCAAGGAUCAGACGAAGCUCUGGUUCCCAAUCCCCAGACUAAUCACGUCUUACGCGUUUCGUCGGGAUAUCGCCAUUUCCCAGCUGCUGAACGGGUCGCUGCGCAUAGCCGUCAUGUUGAUGGUUAUGGCCGCGGAGAUGGAUGUUUCGAUGAGCGUGAGAGUAUUUGAGGAGCUAACUUUUACGAAGGCGGAGCCUAACGGGAUCUUCUCGGUAAAGAUGAGAGCGAGUUACAACGUUUUGACCGGUCAUCCCAACAAGACGCAGGAUUGGCAACGCGCAUAUUUCUUCAUUAAGUCCGACGAGCAUGCCUUCGAGGAGCCGCCGGGGGACGAUUAUCGCGUUUUAUGGAAUCAGCAACUUGUUCGUCAUCCCAAUACGAUCGCCUAUCCCGAGAAGUUCUUUGAAACCGCUCAACUGAUCGCGACGCACAGUCAUCUCAGGUGGCCGGAUCUUAGUCGGGAGUGGAUACGUCGACAACAAGCUAGGAUCGCCAGAGUUGAUUGGGAGUCGAGACUUCCUUGUGUACUCGGUCCCCGCAAAUCACGUCUUUCCCUAUUUACUCGGAAGCAACAGAAACUUCUUAACCGAGCUAGAAAAAUGGAGGGAGUUCCCGACUUGAGUGCUUUGUUAAAAGGGAAGCUUCAAAUGCUCUCGACGACAUCGUCUUCUGCCGGCGCCUCGGAGGCCAGGCCUGUUCCCGUAGACGGAGAUGCGAACUCCGAGCCGCCAGCUCAGAGUUCCCCAAAGAAGAAAACCAACAAGGCCAACAAGGCCAAAGCCAAGGACAGGAGUGUCCCUUUGGAAGUGGCGCCAUCUUCUGCCAAUGUCACUGAAGUUGCGGCUAAGAAGAAGAAGAAAAAAGGGAGCAAGAAAAGGUCUCGCGAGGAGGCUUCUGUUGAGGCUAGGGAAACCUCAGCUGCCGUAAGGGAUGAUGAUGCGGAAAGAGACGAUCCAGCCGGUUCUACUCGGGGAUCGCCUGAGGAGCGUCCCAAGAAGAAGUCGAAGAAGAAAGCAGCGGAAGACGAUGGGACUUCAGCUCCCGAGAUUCCUUCCAGAAGUGGAGAAACGGCUACCGAAGUCGGAGAUGGAUCUCGGGGUGAAUCUCCGUCGAGUAAGGGAGCCCCUUCGUCUUCUGCGAGGGAGACCGGUGCGGGAAGCGGAGGUUCGCUUCCGCGGAAAACGGGGGGAGGAGUUCGCUUUCCGGACCGCGUAGAGUUCCUUUACGAUGAGGCGACUCCGUUGGUCCUGAAUCCACUUCGGUGUGCUGAACUGACUCGCCAGAUCCGUGGUGGGACCAAAGAGUUGCCGCCGGUCGAGGACUUAUACUUCAAAAAGGAGUAUAUUGACGCGGCUAUGGCGGGCAGACGGAGCGACGGGAGCAUGAAUUACCUCGUGGAGAAGUACGACAGCACCCUGAAGCAGACGAUGGUCCAGCUGGGCGCCUCGGAUAAACUCGCACGGACAAGAUUGAGCGUAAUCGAGAGGUUACGCGCUGAGAACAAAAAGCCGCUGAAGUCUGACCGUCUUGCGAAGAAGGACGCUCUCCGCGAGAAAACCCGCUUAGAGCGAUUGGUCGCUUCCCUCGAGAAGGAGAAGGCUGAACUCGAGGAAGAGAGGGACGCUGUCGUCGGGACGCUGGUCAAAGAGAGGCAACGUCUGAGGGAUUCUAGGGUUCAGGAGGUCACCCGCGAGAGGAUCAAGGUCCAGACGGCUAUGGCGGACAAGUCUACUCGCUGUAUAGGUAAGGUGAAGGGCUAUCUGGAUCGCCUCAUGGCGCGAGAGAAGGCCAAGAACCUGUACGGGCAGGCUUCAGGAACCAAAAAGUGCCUCGAGAUGAUUAAAGAUAGCGGGGUGGCGAUUCCGCCGAGUAUGAUCAACAUCUUCUCGGAGCAGGAGAAGAUGUAUGAAGCUGAAGUCGCCAAUCUUUACCUCGAGCCGUUCUCUGAGGAUGACUUUGCUCUCUCUCCUCUCAACCUUCCUUCUCGAUUUGUGAAUGAAGAGCUCAUGGGAGUACUUGACCCGUAUGGAUCGAAUGUUGGUCUGAUUGGCCACGAGUCAGCCUCCCAGUUGAUCACUUCCCGCGAGGCGACUGAAGAUCCGAUCGAUGAGCCGAUGGUUGACAUUACUUCUGCUUUAUCGGAGCGUACCGUCGUUCCCGAAGGAACUGCCAUCGAGGAGCGCCUUGACGGGAGCGACCCCGAGGAGACCGGGGACGCGAUUCAAACAGACACGGGGGAUGUAGCCGCUGAAGAUCCGGUCUUAGUUUCUUCAUCUGAGGAGCGAGAAGGGGACGAAGUGGGCGAGGAGGAGACCAGGUCAUCGCCGGCGCUUGUUGAAGAGAUGGACCCGAUCCUGCCAGUUUCCGACCCUCCUGCUCCGGUUGAAGGCCUUGGUGAUCAAGUCGUUGAACGGGAAACGACCGAAGCGCUCGACCCGAGAAGAGACGACCAAGAUGUUGUGGUCUGA